CGCUCGCUGAAGAGUUGAGGCUGCGCCUCUGCCGGCCACAUGGCGUGUUACCUGGUCAUCAGCUCCAGACACCUCAGCAAUGGGCACUACCGGGGCAUUAAAGGAGUCUUCCGAGGGCCCCUCUGCGAGAACGGAUCUCCCUCUCCGGAUUUCACAGAAAAGGAAAAGUCCACAGCAAAGGCCCUGGAAGAUGUAAAGGCAAACUUUUACUGUGAAUUAUGUGACAAGCAGUAUCACAAACACCAGGAGUUUGACAAUCAUAUCAAUUCUUAUGAUCAUGCUCAUAAGCAGAGACUGAAGGAAUUAAAGCAACGGGAGUUUGCUCGAAAUGUAGCUUCCAAGUCAUGGAAAGAUGAGAAGAAACAAGAAAAAGCUCUUAAAAGGCUUCAUCAGCUGGCCGAAUUAAGGCAGCAAUCUGAGUGUGUUUCUGGAAAUGGACCAGCGUACAAAGCCCCCAGGAUAGCCAUUGAAAAGCAAAUCCAUCAGGGAAUUUUCUCAGUGAAGAGCAGCAGAAAGGUACCCUGCAUGAAGAGUGCUCUUCUCCUCAAGGGAAAGAACAUCCCCAGGAACAUUCCUGACAGACAGCGUUUUACCGUGCACCCCCGACACCAGUUACCAUCAGACGGGCUUUGUUUGUUUGGCAGUCGGAUACCGCACACACCUUCUGGUCUCGGCAACGCAAGCCCCAGGACUGGCAUAUCGUUUUCAUUCUCUAAAAAAGUGCAUCUAAAGUUAGAAUCUUCAGCACCCGCUUUCAGGGAGAGCACAGAAGAAACCUACGAUUGUAACAAGUCACCCACUUACAAAAAAAAACAAACUAUGGAGAAAUGCAAAUGUUGCCGGUUUGCAAAGGAGGAUGCUCGACUCACUGAGGCAGGAGUCGGAAGUGUCUCACCAAUUCCUGUGGAGAGUGUUUUACGCAAUACCUUUACCAGGAGGUCUAAUAUUUUGCAAGACCAAAAUGACUCUAUGGAUGAGGCGCUGGAAGAUUCCAUUGGCAUUCAGGCUUCUUUCUCCAAAGGUAACAUUCAUCUUUCAGACGAAGAUUUUAUUCCUGCCAGCAGAGAGAAAGAAACUAAAAAUAUAUUGAAAAACGCUUCAGAAAAUUGCAUGAAUCACCCAGGCCAAGAAAGCAUUUCCUUCAGCACAGCAAACAUUUAUAAGCACAGGGAUACCAGGAUAUUUGAAUGUUUGGAUGACUUUUUGUUACCAGAGCUGAGUGAACAAAAGAAUACAGUACAUUUGGGUGGCAAUUCCAGCUUGGAGACCAGAGGAAAAUCUUUAAAUGAAAGUGAAACAAUUAGCACACACAGGCAAAAAGUUCUAAGAGAAGGAUGUCCCCACGAUGCGACAUCCGAGCCAUUGCCUUUUCUCCAUGUACAAAGCAAGGAUGGCCACACCACUCUCCAAUGGCCUACAGAACUUCUGCUCUUCACAAAAACAGAGCCCUGUAUCUCUUAUGGCUGCAACCCAUUGUAUUUUGAUUUCAAGCUUUCUCGAAACACAAAGGGUGUCAACAAUCCUGACAGUUUAGGAACAGAAUUGGGCAAGGAAGCCUUGCAAGUGAAAACAAAAAUAGAAAGCAAAGUCUCAGGUUUAGUCAAAGACCAACAACAACUUAUCCAAGAAGAUAACCGGUCUCUGAAACCAAAGAUGAUCAUAGCUAAUGCAGAUUGGGAAAAUUUCCAGAGAAAGUGUAAUUUGGGCUACAAUGAUUCCGAGCCUAAGAAGAGUGAACAUAAUUUCUGUGCAAGUAAGUUGGAAUUGAAAAAUCCUGAAGUGCCUGCUUACCUUGCUGUAUCUCUAAAGGACUGUGUAGGAAAGAACAAUACUACCGACCUUGAAUUUAAGGAACCUUCAAGAUCCCACUGGAAAAGUUGUGGAGGAGUAGUUCUAAAUGAUGAAAACAAGGAUGUGUCCUUUCCUUCCUGCAUCUCUAGGACUAAGAAGCAUAAGUUGAUUUCCUGCAAACCUCGUUCCGUGUUUGAAGAAGAAAAUCAUCUCACCUGGAAUUCUAGUCCUUAUGUAUGUGGGAGUCACAGUGGCCCGAGCAAGGAUGCCAGUGUAAUUCUGAAUAGCAACAUCAACAUGACCAGUAGUGUGUCUGGAUGUAGACACCAAAGCCCGAGAUGUCCUCCCAAGUCAUCUCACAGGGGACAUUACAGCCUCUUGGACAAAUCGUUGAGCAGUAUGUCCAGCCUGAGAAGCACUUGUUCAAGUCACAGGUCUAAUACUAGCAGCAAUGAUGAUUUGCUCUAUCUUUGCAAAAGAGAACACAGCUCAGUAGAAAGCCACAAAUGCAAGCCUGGAAAGCACACCUGCCUCUGUUUGUCCCACGAGAUGACAAAGAACAAUGGUCUGCAGUCUGAAACGCAGAGACACAGGAACUGCAAAUUGUGGGAAUCAUUGAAGAAUAAAAAAUACUUAAGACACAGACAUUGCCAUUACCAAGAACGAUAUAAACUGGAUAAAAAUCAACAAUUUUCAGGGCUAAAAUCUAUGAGAAUCAUCCACUGUGAUUCCUGCUCACAGGUUUCCUGUGCUGGAAACACUGAAAAAUCUCCUGAUUUCCAGGAAGCUCAACACAGAAAAUUGGGCUCUUAUUCAAGUCAGAGGAUUGAUUACUUAAAUAAAAGCAAGAGAAGUCAAGAAUUCUUGGGCAGUCAUCAUGUCUGUGAUUGGAGGAAAGCUGAGAAAGGGCGUUGUGAUUCGGGGACUGUCAGCUACGUUCUGAGGACCUCUCCCACUGAACCUCCGGACACCACAGAGACAAAAGUUUCAGGAGAGCGGAGCCCCCUAACAGCCAAAAGCCUUUUAGAAAGAGUACAAGCAAGGAAGUGUCAGGAGCAAUCAACAAAUUGGGAGGUCUCUUCACCCAGCUGUAAAAGUGAAUCCAUGGCUCAUGCAGGAAUCCAGGUCACAAGUCAACUCGCACCACCAGGUUGUAAAAGAUCAACAUUGCCGUUUCCAGAAGAAAGACAACACACGAGUAGAAGAAAACACAGUAAAGGCAAUGCAGUUCAAAGGUCUACUAAGAAAGACAAAAUCAGAAGCUCACAGACAAGUCACUGUACUGCCUUAGUGGACACCAAAUCUGAUGACCGUCUUUCUAACGGUAUGAUUCAUGUAGCAGCCGAGUCUCAGUCACUAAACAGAAAAAAGAACCCAAGAACAAAAGAACAAUCAAAAUCUUUAACUAGUGAAGUCCAGGCUUUUAUUCAAAGCCAUGACCCAGUACCAAAUGAUUUCCCUGGUGUUUUUCCAUCUAAUAGAUAUACUGGAGUAACCGAUUCAACAGAGACCAGAAGGGACCAAAUAAAUCUAGACAUACAGGAUGUGAGCAUGCAUAGGAAUCAUGCAGAGGGGAAUAUAAGCACUUACUAUGACAGAACUGCGCAGAAGCAUGACAAAGCGGAAGAGGAAUUACAGAUGUGUCGUAAAUCUCUCUCUCCUCCUUUCCUUCAACAGCCUAUAACCUUUUCCCAAGAUGAAAUAGAUAAAUAUAAGUUUCUGCAGCUACAGGCCCAGCAGCAUAUGCAGAACCAGGUCCUGGCAAAGCACCUCCGAGUGCUGCCUGCUGCAGGACCCGCUGCCUUCUCUCCAGCCUCAGCCCUGCAGACAGCGCCCGCUCACCAGCACACGUCCAUCACCACCGUCCACCACACGUUCCUGCAGCAUUUUGCUGUGUCUGCUGCCGUCAGUUCCCACAGCGGUCCCGUCCCAUUUGCUCAUCUCCCUCCUCUUUCCCAGUCACAGUUUACUCCUAUUUCAUUUACAACUCUGACUCCACCCAUCUUCCCUGCGCACCCCACUUUCUUAGCAGGCCACCCCCUGCAUUUAGUCAACGCAGCCCCCCUUUACCCAUCCCACAUAACGCUUCCGCCCCUGCCUCCGGCAGCGCUCAUCCCAGCCUUGUUUGGCCCUCACUUAAACCCAGCCGCAGCUUCUGUCAUCCACUGGAACCCUUUAAUCCAACCAGUGUUCCAAGGUCAAGAUCUGUUCCACCAGUCUUACUCCAGCCAGAUGCAACAGUUAAAUGGAGUCAAAGAGGCCUUACAUGUGUCAACUCCCUUGAAUUAAUGUGUGUUAAAACAUUGAAUUAAUAUGUGUGGAUAAAUAAAUCGUCACUACCUAUGAAACGAUAUAUUUAAAGUAUCUGAUUAUUGCAAGGUUUAAAAAAUUGGUACCGAUUCAAAAUGCUACCGAUAUCUGAAUAUGAACUAAAUUACGGAUAUCCAAACAGGAACAUUUUAUUUUAACUGGUAAAAGUAGUAGGCAAAUAUGAAACAAAUUUAUGGGAGGAUAGAGGGGAAAGUGUUAAGGUGUUUUUUAAUGAGUCCUCACACAAUGUUAAAAAUGAUUCAAGCAAAACAUUCAGACGGAUCACUGAUAUUACAAAGAAAAAUAGAAUAGA